CUUUCGUGCUACUUACUGACGCCGCUAUCAACUAAACCACCGAGCCGCCAGCAAAAAGCUCUCUAGCGACCCUUUUUAAAGCGUCCAACCGUUCAAAUCUCUUCUAUUUAAACAACUAAUUUUCUCCUAAAGUUUAUUCAAAACAUAUGAUAAAGAAAAGCGAAAGCAUUGUAUAAAUAUUGCCUUAAAAAAAAAACAAAACAAAACCUUUUCUCCCAACCCAACAUUGCGCGUUGGUUGUGGUUUUGGAAUUUUUGGGGUUUUGUUUUUCUAAACCCAACACACACACACGCCUCCUGCUCGCCACUUUUAACCUUUUUAUCCCGUUUUAACUAAGAACAAUCCGCCCCAUUUUCCCUCCCUCCCUCGACCCCCUCCCUUCCUUUUUCACCCCACUCGUCACCACCGUUUUAUGAUCAGGGAUGUAAAUGAGACCUGCCAGUGGAGUGAGCUUCAUUUGCAAAAGCCUUUACACGGCAGUGGUGGAUUAUAUGCAAGCUGCGUGUGUGUGUGUCUACGUGUUCACACAAUACGAAAGACAAAGGAAACAAAACUCCCUUUCGAUUGCAUGUCUGGCUCUCUGGGAGGUGAGAUAGACGGUGGAGGGGGGGAUGAAUCGAGCGUCACCGUAACGUGAUUUUCGUUUAAACAAUUGGAAAUUUGACACUACACGCACACACACACACACACACUCUCAGACGACAUUGCACAGCAGCGCAGUAGGCCGGGGCUGUCACCGCGUGAUCUUUCUCGUUUAAUCUCCGCUAGAGUAACGCAAUCGAAUCAACUUCAACUCGCUUCCCCAUGUUUUUCUUUCUGGUGUCCGUGUGCGCGACAGACGGCUGUAGUCAGUUUUCCACGCCAUAGAAUGUCGCUCCCCUUUCUCGUCGCAUUCAUCUCAGCACAACAAUGCGGUUAAAGUAGUGAAGCCUUUAUCCGACCUCGGAGUCUGCUUUGAUCUUGCUGUGCUUCAUAUUCUACGCUGGUCCGUACAGCAGUGUGGUGGUUGGCUGCGUGUUGGCUCCACAUACCAUGUCCUAAAAGUGCAGUUUUCCUCACAGUUUAACUAUAAUUACAGUGCAUAAAAUUACGUCCAAAGUGCAAUCCGUGUUAUCAAAACAAUAACCCCCGCCCGCAGAAAGGGAAAAGGCAUUCAAAAAUCUCAUCCAACCAUCAUCCUUAGAUCAUCACAAGUGCGGUCGCGGAAAAACUGGCUUCCCAUCGUUAACGGUCGCGUGUUUUUUUUCGCGGAAAAUGGAUUAGCGUGUGUGUGUGUGUGGACGUGCUUUCUUGUGUCCGUUUAUUGCGCUCGAGUGUCGGGCAAUACUGCCCGUAAUCGCACGAAAAGUUGGGCCACAACUUGGAGGAAGGAAAAUUGAAAAUCUGCAACACCCGUAGCCGAAAGGUCCACGCGGUGCUUCACCAUCGCAAGCAAGAGGAAGUUCUAAGAAAUUGUCGUUGGAAAUCUGUGCCUUAUCAUCGGACGGGCGCGUACCAACCCGGAUUCAUUUCCAUUCCCCGGGUUUGUUUUUUUGUUUUGUUUUUGCCCGGGAAAAGGAUUCCCACCGGAAGGAAGCACCCGGCAGUUCCCGGAAACCCGUACCAGUCGGUGGGCGGCCCCCCAUCACCUGCCUGCCUAGCGUAAAAGCCACCAGUAUAUGUCCCUCGUGCGCAGGCCGUGAAAGCGACGAGAAUGUAGAAUGAACAUUCCGGGUUCCGUCUGCUUUCCUGCUGCUCUCCGGAGGCACCUGAUGCGUUGUCCCGAUGCCUACCGGCCCGGCCAUUCCCAGUAGUGGAGCGUGGCAGCGGCGACAGCGAGUAUGCAGAUUACAGUUGGCCCACCGACCGGUUGCAGCGGUUGGAGCGCCGGCAGACGACGACGACAACUGUGGGCGUAUGGGAGCACAUCCGGAAAAUUCCUCUACAUAAAUAUUCUGCUCGUACUGCUGCACAACGCACUUUUCGUUGGUGGACUGCGCAAAGGCAAGCUGGUACUGCCAAGCUCCUAUACCGCCCUCGGGGACGAUCUGGACGUGCAGCUGCAUGCCGAUCCACUGGAGCUGGCGACGGUGGAACGGCUAAAGCUGGAGAUAUCGCGCCACCUGCCGGGUUCGGCCGGGACCGUUGCCACAACGCUCGACAUACGGGUGGACGUGAACCACAACGUGACACAGAUCAAGGUCCCGUGCCAUCACUUCCUGCACGGUGGACAUUACGAGCUGGCAGUGCUGGAAGAGAACGCGAGCCAUACGCGGCUGGGACAGGUGAUGGACGAGCGACUGCGACAACCGCUGGAAGUUAGUUGGCCCUCCGUACGGCUGGCGAUCGUCCCGAACCGAACCGACACCUAUCCGGAGUUGAAGAUCCAAGGAAUGCUCGAGUUCCGCGAGGUGCGUUGUCAACUCCCGCCGCAAACCGUCGAUUCGCUCGAUCUCCCCGAGCUGUGGCUGGAACUGUUCUACUGUGGUAAAUCCAUCGAAUCGUGCAGCCACGGCAACAGCUCGCAACCCUUCUCCCAAGCGCAGGUCCUCUACACGGAACAGGUGCGAGGACUUCCGCCCAGCCGGGUGGUCGACUUUCGGUGCGACCUCUUCGGGCUGGCCGGGUACUAUGGGUUGCAUCUGAAGUCACGAACGGGCGAACCGGACGAUCCGUCGAUGGCACCACUGUUGCAGGCCCGUGCCCUGCUGCAAGCCGACUGGAGCAAGCAGUACGUGUUCACGGUACACACGCGCAGUAUCUUUCCCUGUGAUCCGCACGGUGCUGGAAUACGGGUGCUGUUCCAGUAUCCGGCUUGCAUUCUGAACCAAGCGGACCGGGUACGGGUGUACGCCAAGCUGCGGGCGGAUGUACUCUCGCUCGCACCACCGACCUCACUCCAUUACCUCGCGGAGCAGCGGGUCAGCAAGGGUCAACAUUCGCUGUACUUCGAGUGUGAUCUGUUCUACGAGAAGUUCGUCGAGUAUUGCUUCGUGUACGUGAGUCAGGCGAUAUCGGGUGCGGUCGCGGACAUACGGAUGGACUGUGUGCCAACGCUGCCGGUGUCGGCUUCCGAUUCCGGUGGAUGGGGACCCUGGAGCAACUGGACGCACUGUUCGACCACAUGCCGGGGUGGCAUAAGAAAUCGCUAUCGAUUUUGUGACUCGCCGCCACCACGGUACGGUGCAAAGUUUUGCGAGGGUCCUUCGGUACAGACGGAACGUUGCGGAUUGGACACGGCCGGUGAUUCUUGGGAGUGCAUGUUCAGUCCCGCCAUCGGUGGCAUCAACCUGCCCCUGGAGAUAGAGGAUGUCAACACGGAGAUAGGACCCGGAUGUCGCUGUGGUUGCGUUAUCCAUCUCGGGAUGGUAAAACCGAAACGAUUGCUCGGGUCUUCCUCGCACAGCUGUCCCGACCGUAGCCUGUGGCUAAUAAAGGGAGACGAAGGAUGUCGCGUGCGUAUGUCGAUCGAUUUCCAAAAGUUUCCCUGCGAUGGACAGUGGCUGAAGAUACGGGACGGUGACUCGGUUGCCGACGAGCUCCUGCUACAGUUCGGUGCCGAUCGAGCAGCGGAAACUGCAAGUGCAAUGGCGGAAGCGACCGGCAACAUGUUGCUGGUGGAGUUCUUCUCGCGUAAAACGGACCAGUACGAUGAGGCGUGCAAUGCGGGAUUCUUGGGCCAGGCGGAGCAGAUCAAACUGCCGCACACAGCGCUUCAACCGACGGAAAACGAUACUUCGAUGGCGAGCAAGGUGAUAAUGCCGAUUGUCGCCGGUCUGCAGAGCUAUGCCAGCUUUACGAUCGCACACGUGUGCGCGAUACUGUUCAUCUGUUUCAUCGUGUUCGUUAGCUUCCUGCUCGUGGUGCAGUACAUCUUCCGGUAUCGGAAGUACGAGCUGGCCACUAGCAGGAUGGAGGCAGCCGACUCUCCCGCUCACACACUGUUCGGGUCGAAUCAAUCGAUCGAGCAGGGUGCACCGAUACAGGCCCGUUCCCGGGCCGUCUCGACGACCACGCUCAUAUCCGAGAUUGUGUCGUACGUCAAGUUGCGUCCAAGGGUGACCACUUCCAUCCGGCACGAACGCUUCCGGGAAAGUGUGGAGUAUGCGCUUGAGUCAUCGAACAACAGUCGUUCGGAGGCAGUACGUUCGGAUGGAAGCUCGGAAAUCGUUAUGGAGCUGCAGGAUCGAAACGCAACGGACGUGGAGGAUCGGGAACAGCACGGAGAGGGUGGCGAGGAGACGCCACUUCAAAGUCUUAACGAUCUAAACCAUCCAAAGGAAGGAUCGACGGAAGUUACUCCCAAGGAAUGUGUUGCGCCGAGCAAGGACGUUCCGGAGUCGGAUGACGAACGGUCCACAACGGUCAGCUCUGCGUACUCAUCGUUAAACCGUGAGAGCACUCCGCUCGUAGGAGGAAGGUCCAACAAAUCCAACGUGGAGGUGCUGAGAACUGGCGAUCAACUCGUUAAGAGCGCUACUUGUCUGAUGGCUACGUCCAGCACCAGCACAGCCACACUCACCAACGUUAGUCCGUCGGAUGCUGAGUGUUGCUCGCCGGCAGAGCUGAGCAUCCGGAGUCCCUUGGCAAGACGCAACACCGGCACCUCGAUAAGGACACGAAACGCGAAGGAAAGCAAAGAGAAACGGAACCUUCAGAAGCUGUUGGCCGGGUCGGACUAUUCGCUCGGUGCACCAUCCGAGCAGGACAUGGAGCUAGACUACUACGACUACAAUGUGAUUAAUGCGGGCGCUGCUCCAGGGUCCUAUCUCGGGAUGGAUCCAGCCUUUCUCGUUUGGAUCCCCCCACUGGACGAUGGUUCGGACGAGGAUGCAAAGCCGCACCAAGCGCCACCAUCCGACGAUGACGAUGACGAGCUGACAGAGCUUGCGAAUCGUGCCGCCGAGCGAAUGGGACCCGAUUCACGGUGCGGCAGUGUAACGCCAAGCGAAGAACUUAUCCGCCAGCUGGCCGAACAGAAACGGAACGAUUACGUGAUCGUUUCCAACAGCAUCUCCAAGAGUGACAUCUGUUCCGAAAGUGACGGUGCGUCAACGGAUGGGAAGCAACCGGUAACGGAGCGACGGAGGCGAAAGCUGCACGAGCUAAUACUAGUGCGGCGGAACGUUGGCCACGGCAGUGGUGGUGGUCCGGGUGAAACGGGAUCUGGAUCAUCGGUACGGAAAAGCUCCUCCGACGAGUCUACCGAGGAAAGGGAGAAGGAAACGUCCUUCACGAAGUCUCCGGUGGACAACAAACAGAUUAGUGAUUUCUACGAAAUGGCCGACAUAGCGUUUGCGGACGAUGAAGCAGACGAGGAGGAGGAGGAGGAACAACCGGAGGGUGAAGAUGCUCAUUCGGGAGGCGGGUUUUGUGUGGAUCGUCCAAAGGGCGGUACGAUCCUUGCAGCGACGGAAUCCAACAAGUAUCAGCACGUAGUGACGACAGCGGGCUCUCCGCUCUAUCGGGAGGGCGAUAAGAUGGUUCAGUAGAUGAUGUGGUCCAUAGUUUUGUCUAAUUUCAACACACAUAUGAACACACACUGGAAUUGCGAAAAGUACAACUCACUGUAGCACGAAAAACCAUAUCGGUCGGCAUUCGGACACCUACCCCAGGACACACACCUUCACAACAACCCGCAACAACACUAUUCUAGUCAAACUCGUCAGGAACAAACCUACUACUGUAUAGUGUGAUAGAUCGACCACAGGACAACCAGAUACCUGCAUCUUCUCCUCCGUUCUUUAGAUCUUCUUCUUUAGAAUUUUCGGUUGCAUUCGCCGUAGAAUUCGUGUAGUGACACUACCUGUGUACUGAGAGACUGAUCAAGGUGUAUAUAGAUAGGGUUAGAGUGAACGGCGUCCGAUUCCUUUCCCCGGGACGGAACUCCCUUUAGUGGCGGCGGCUCUCUUUCUUUGAUGGCUUUACGGAUAUACCAAAAAAAAACCCCGUGGAAAAAGCCUUUGCUUUAAAUUAGCUUAGGCCGCAUUAUAGCUGUACGAUCGCGGAACCCUCUAUACAGGGUUUCCCAACAACGAGACACAGAGCGAGAGAGCGAGAAGGAAAUUAUUUAAUCUAAAAAUGAAAAGAUCAGAACAUUCUGCAAAAACAAAACCCCCUAAAAGCUUACUUUCGAUGCGCUUAAUGAUUCUAUAUAUAUACGCUCUAGGAUAAAGAUAUACCGAUGUAUAUGUACGAAUACGAAUGUGUACGUGUAUGUAUAUGCAUCUUGCCUCUCGGUUUGCAAAGGUUGCUUUUUGCUAAGGCAGUAGUGCAUUAAUAGCUUGGUAGCUGAGUUUUAAAAUGGUGUUUCGUUUCGUUUAGCAACAUUAGCGGGCAAGGCAAAAUCAACCACACACACACACACUCUUUGGGAAUCAAUCAAAAACUAAGUAUUUAUAGUAUACAUGAAUACUAAAUAAAAAAUUUAUGUGCAAAAGACAAAGCGAAGAAA